AGUGUCUACGGGAAAUAGUUAAAGUCUUGUAGCUCAAGAUUACGUUAACGGUGCCUCGAGGAUUUGCAGAUCAAUUGCGUUUGUUAUACCUAGGUCUCUAGAAAUACAAGUCAACCAUUGUUACUUAUAAUUACAGUCGGAUACAUGUAGCCAGCCAGCCAGAGAUUAGUGCGAUACAAGCGCAAAGGGGUCGAUUGACUGCGUGAUUAUGAUGAGUGCAACAGCCAUUUGUACUUAUUAGCACAAUAUUUUACGAGUGGUUUAGAGUGAUAAAAUACCGAGCACCUGGUUCUAACAUAUUCACGUUGAGUGAAGAUGACAUUACAAGUGGGUUGCCUAUCAUUCAGGCAGCCGUACGCGGGAUUUGUACUGGAUGGUGUAAAAAGUAUUGAGACACGUUGGCGCCCCCUGUUGUCCGCAAUGGAAAACUGCACUCUAGCUAUCCAUAUUGCGCAGAAGGACUGGGAAGGCGACCAGUGGAGAGACAUGCUCACCAAUACACUGGGAAUGAGCCAAAUGCAAAUGGAGGAGCUUCUGGCUUCAGGAGACAGAUUCGGCCGUGGAGUCGUGGCAGGUAAAACAGUACUUUUGAAUUACUUAGCCAGUGGGGAGGGAGGACAUAAACACAGCACAUCUCAUGCUUGAUUUAAACUAGAUUUGAUGAAUCUCCAACCCCCUGUCAUUUCCUUGUUUCAGGCUUGGUGGAGGUGGGGGAGACUUGGUGCUGCUCUGACAGUGUGCCAGAGGAGAAUCUGAGGGAGCUGGAGAAGGCAGCAGUGCUCACUGGGCUCACAGAGAAACACCUCACACAGCUGUCAAACCCACGCUGGCUCAAGGAACCCCUUUAUGCCAGAGGGCACAAAGACAUUUGGACAGUGGACAUCCCAGUACAAUUACUGCCAUCUGCGUAGAGUUGUUGUAAAAUAAUGUAUACUCAUUUUGUACUGACAGGAUCAUUGUUCAAAUUAGGGACGUUUCUAGAGAUGACACACAAGCUUUAAGGUGCAAUAAAUUACCAAUGGACUGAAGCAUUGUGAAUGUGAUUGUAUAUACUGCAUGUCUAAAACUCUUAUAUU